AUGUUGAUCGAUCAGGAAACAGAACUGUCCUUUAUCACGGAGAAUCUGGUACAUCGAGUUCAACUAUACCGUAGUGCAGCCUCUAUACCUCUCCUCGGAAUUGGUGGCACAUAUUCCAGUCGCACGAAGGGAAGUGUCGUGAUACGACUACAGUCCGUCCACGAUACAGCCUCCAGCUGUCAAAUUCGAGCCUUCAUCUUGUUACGCCUUACGACCAAGUUACCACCUUUUAAUGUGAGCUCUCCUUUAUGGCCUUACAUUUCAGGACUCCAGCUAGCUGAUCCGGAUUAUUCCUUCAUCGGACCGAUAGACAUCAUAUUCGGCUCUGAUAACUAUCAUGUCGUGAUUCGACCAGGAUUAAUACCAGGCGACUUCUCUUCACCUACGGCGCAGCAAACCAUUUUCGGAUGGGUCCUCUGUGGUUUAACAUUGGCGGACAAAGACCCCCUUUCGGCGCAAGUGUAUCAUUGCUCACCAGAUUUCGAACUGCAGGACUUAAUCUCGAGGUUUUGGACGCAGGAGGAGCUCCCUAAUACCACCAGGGCAACGUUGAAUGAAGAGGAGGAGGAGUGUGAACAACACUUCUUGUCUACUUAUUCACGGGACCCCACGGGCAGAUACGUUGUUCGUCUCCCCCUUAAGGUUAAUCCAUCCGCUUUAGGAGAAUCCAAGUCGAAGGCUCUCGGUUGCCUUAGGAGAUUGUUUCAGCAAUUCUCUUCGAAGAGUACGUACCAGCAGCUCUACGUCGACUUUAUUAACGAGUACCAGCACAUGGGCCACAUGGUGGAAGCGGAUACGUCCUCCGGCCAGACGUUCCCGGCACAUUAUCUUCCCCAUCAUGGGGUAUUACGAGAGAACCAUCGCACCACCAAAUUAAGGGUCGUGUUCAACGGAUCCAGCCGCACAAGCAACGGUCUCUCGCUGAACGAUAUUCUCCACGCUGGUGCAAAGCUUCAAACCGAUAUGUGCGAAAUUCUACUCUGGACACGCACGCACAGAGUUCUUUUUUCUGCCGAUAUCGUGAAGAUGUUCCGACAGGUCGCCGUUCACCCCGACGACUGGGACCUUCAGAGAAUCCUGUGGUUCGGAAAGGAUAAUUAA